UGUGGCGGCGCAGCUUGCCCCGCGGUCCCCUUAUUUGGAUCUGCGGGAAUGUAGGCUGGAGCGGUCCUGCCGCGGUACCAGCCUCCAUCCUGCCCCCGGGACUGCCCCUGACCCAGGCGCACCCGCUGCUCGGUGGCAGGAGGGCCGGCGGAGCGCCAUGGCCUGCAUCCUGAAGAGAAAGUCUGUGAUUGCUGUGAGCUUCAUAGCAGCGUUCCUUUUCCUGCUGGUCGUGCGUCUUGUAAAUGAAGUGAAUUUCCCUUUGCUACUAAACUGCUUUGGACAACCUGGUACAAAGUGGAUACCAUUCUCCUACACAUACAGGCGGCCCCUUCGAACUCACUAUGGAUACAUAAAUGUGAAGACACAAGAGCCUUUGCAACUGGACUGUGACCUUUGUGCUAUAGUGUCAAACUCAGGUCAGAUGGUUGGCCAGAAGGUGGGAAAUGAGAUAGAUCGAUCCUCCUGCAUUUGGAGAAUGAACAAUGCCCCCACCAAGGGGUAUGAAGAAGAUGUUGGCCACAUGACCAUGAUUCGAGUUGUGUCCCAUACCAGCGUUCCUCUUUUGCUAAAAAACCCUGAUUAUUUUUUCAAGGAAGCAAAUACUACUAUUUAUGUUAUUUGGGGCCCUUUCCGCAAUAUGAGGAAAGAUGGCAAUGGCAUCGUUUACAAUAUGUUGAAAAAGACAGUUGAUAUCUAUCCGAAUGCCCAAAUAUAUGUGACCACAGAGAAGCGCAUGAGUUACUGUGAUGGAGUUUUUAAGAAGGAAACUGGAAAAGACAGAGUCCAGUCUGGCUCGUAUCUCAGCACAGGGUGGUUUACCUUCAUUCUGGCCAUGGACGCCUGUUAUGGCAUUCACGUCUACGGGAUGAUAAAUGACACCUACUGCAAGACAGAAGGGUAUAGAAAAGUCCCCUACCAUUACUAUGAACAAGGAAGAGAUGAGUGUGAUGAAUAUUUUCUUCAUGAACAUGCCCCAUAUGGGGGUCAUAGGUUUAUCACUGAAAAGAAAGUGUUUGCUAAAUGGGCCAAGAAGCACAGGAUAAUAUUUACACAUCCAAACUGGACAUUGUCUUGAUAAUGGUUUUUCUGAUCUUGCCACAUCACUUAACGUGAUCCCCAUACUGCAACUGUGAUGCUGAUGAUGCUAAUGGAGAUGAUGGUAACGAUAAAGACAACAACAAUGAUUAUCAAGUUCCUGUACACUCUCAGAUGUGGAUGGUGACUCUGCUAGUAAUUUAAACUCAGCAUUUCAUGGAGGAUGGUUGUGCUCAUGAUGUUCUUUCUGGAGGUUCAACACCACAUACCGCACUUUAUAAUUUAACUGGAAUUGAGAUGAAGGCCAGUGACAUGACAACUGUGACCUAAGAAAUGGGAAGAUUAUCCUUCGAGAUAGCUGCCUAGAAUUGUUCAACAGUGAGUAACUUCCAAAAGCCAAAAGAGUUUGGCCUCAUGAGGCGAGGUGAUUGACUCAAUGGCUUCUUGAAUCUCAGCAGCUCCGCCAUCUUGAAGAAUGAUUGAUUUUCAAACACUGACCCAAGAACUGCUAUCAGGGUGCAAGUAUCUUACUAGUUAGCCUAAGGACGGGAAAAUAUCACUUCCUAAUAUACCAUCUUUCUACAGUAUUUCCUACAGCUAAAGCCUCAGGCCAUUGCCUAAUUAACAAUGAAGAUUUCAUGGACGUCCUACACUUCAGGAUUACUUGACUAUCACAAACACAUAAAUCAAAAUGGGCUAAGUAGCAAAUCUUGAUGAAUUUCCACUCUUACCAUCCAUUCUUACUACCAACAAUAUAACUGAACAUGUGAUUAGAAUGAUCUAUAUUAAUUUUUAGUUAUUUUUGGUUGAGUCUUAAAUAUUUCGGAAGACUACUUAAUAUGUAAGAUACCAACUUCAACACUGUAGUAACAUAUACUGUGAAAAUAUUCCUAAAACAUAACCAAAGGGUUUACUAACUCUGCUUCAACAUCCAACAACACAAAACCGUAUGAUUUUUAAAAUCAUGAAACACAGAAAGCAAAGCAUAUUUUUACAUCAAUUUGUAUCCUAUCAUACUUCAUAAUAUAUAUUUGUAUAUUCAAAUUUCUAUUUUAUAGGCCCAAGAUGUGUUUCUCUAAACAUUACAUUCUCAUUGCCAAGUGCCAACUGUUAGACAUGGAGAGGAAAUGAUUCCUUAUAUUAAACCUGACCAGAGCUUUUGCCUUGUAGGAAUUUAUUUUUCCCAUAGUGUGUCAGCUGUUAUGCCACAAUAACAACAAUAAUAAUAACCUUAAUGUCCAAGGUACUUUGUCAUUUACAGUCCUUUAACAUCUGUUAUACCAUGUGAUGCCCCUGAACACCCCAUUGGACUAUUGUCUGUGUAUUCUGCUAGCUCUUUAGCAGAUGAUCUGUAAUUUGGUCAUUGUUCUGUUAUAUUCCAGAUUGCUCUACUUGCUAAUAUUUGUAUAGAAUAGAAUUUAUGUAAACUAGUAACCAGUUGAUCUCUGUGCCAAAUACAUUAUAUCAGGAUUACACAAAAAGUAUCACAAAGGAUGGUCUUGGCCAUACGCUAGGACCCCUGUGAAAAUAAGUAGUUUUGAGUAGUUUUUCUGUACACAUAUAUAUACGUGUGAUUCUAUUUAGGAGGGGAAAGAUGAAAAAGCAGGGACAACAGGGAGGAAAUGAAGGCAGAGAAAUAUAGUUUCCUGUCCCAGGGUUGAGACAAUUCUAUUUUUCAUAUACUCAUUGCUCAUUAAAUAUUAAAGGAUUGAUUUGCUGAGAGAGUAGCUGAGAGUUCAAAAACAUCCUUGCAGAAUGAUUCAAAAGACAAAACCCAGGCUCAACUUACAGAAUGUUUUGGAGACUGGAAGUAAUGAUACAUUUCACUUCAGAAGCACUUGUAGGUACUUACUAGUGCUAAGUAUUAUGGUGAGCUAUCAUUAAAAUGUGCCGUCUUGGAUAAAGGCCUUUUGCCUGCUGUCUUCUGCCAUUUUGAUACCUCAAUAUUCACACCCAUAAAAAUUACUAAGCCCCAGUUCUAUCCUCGGAAGGAGUUGUUAUUCUGUUGUUCCCUUAUGCAAUUUUUAAUUCUAUGAUUGUUAAGUUUUUUUGAACUAAUGAUAGAUAGAAAUGCCUACUGAAAGAAAAAUAGAGACAAAUGUUAAAAUUGCCAUACAGACUGUUUUUCCCCCUGUUGUUUCACCUUAAAAUAAAAAGAAAUCCUUGAUUAAUCAGAA